AUGGCUCCUCUGGACCAAACGAGGAUCCUGUCUAUCCAGUCGCAUGUCGUUUCUGGCUAUGUUGGCAACCGAGCUGCAACCUUUCCUCUGCAGAUGUUGGGCUAUGAUGUGGACGUCGUCAACACUGUGCAGUUCUCAAACCACACGGGAUACGGUCACACCAAUGGUACCAAGACGUCGCCGGAGCAGCUCGAGGCCAUCUUCGAAGGGCUCUUCACAAAUGGCCUCGUGAGCCACGCGCGUCUCUUGACCGGCUACAUCCCAGGCGCAGAGGCUCUUCGGGUCAUCGGCAAGCAAGUCGAGCGCAUGCGUCAGAAUGAAGGUCUCGUCUAUCUCCUGGACCCCGUAAUGGGCGACAUUGGAACCGGCCUCUACGUGAGCCCAGAUGUUGUUCCCGUGUACAAGAGCCUCUUGAAAACUGCCACCAUCAUUACACCGAACCAGUUUGAGACCGAGCUUCUCUCUGGCGUCAAGAUUGACUCGGUGGCGUCUCUUCACGAGGCCUUGACAGCCCUACAUGUCAACUACGGUGUGCCUCACGUGGUUUUGUCUUCCAUUCCGCUCCCCAUCUCGCUCGUCGCCGAGCUGGGCCUGCCACCACCUCCAGCAUCGUACACUCGCUUUGUCCCCGACCCAAAGCCGCCUUGGUACGACGCGGUUGGAGUUGGAGCCCCAGAAGACGACAUUCUCGUCUGCUUUGCAAGCACUUGGGAUGGGAACAAGCCACAGACCUUCGGUUUCGCCCUGCCUACCAUCCGUGGCUACUUCUCUGGCGUUGGUGACCUGUUCUCCGCCCUCGUCCUUGGACAUUACCAGCGCACCUCCGAGACACAACCUGGUCUUUCUCCCCUUGCGGAUGCUGUCUCGCAUGCGCUCCUGACUGUACAGCAGAUCCUUCUGCGCACCCAUUUAUACAGUCUGGACAUUGCUUCGUCUGGCUCGGCAACCCCAAGGCCUAUCCAUGAGAACUCGCCUCAUCAGGAUUCGGUGAUCCCCUCCGACACUGAACUCGACAACGCCCCGCCUCUUAACCCCACCGACCCGAAGCGCAAGGCUCGCCGGAUGAGGCUACGUGAGAUGCGAGUCGUCCAGGAGCGAGACCUAAUUGUCAAUGGCGGUGAAACUUGGCCGGGCAAGCACCUAGACUGGGACAAGUUGCGAGGCGAUUAG